CCUGGAUUCAGCUGGCGUGUAAUAUGACUGCGGCAAUAAUUGGGCUGGCGUAUUUCCUUUGGGGGACGAGUUGGAGGCAGUAUCGUCGUCAAGCGGAGGAUGGUGGUGGCGAUGGCAGCAGUAAAACGACGCCCAGCUUGCGGUGUCUGGCUGUCCUCUUGCAUCCGGGGCUUCUCACGCUCUCCGAAUCGGCUCUCCGAAAUACGCUCUACCUAUGGCUGGUUAGCAACAUCGUCUCGAUGGGCAGCACGUAUGCCACGGCUUGGGGCGUCUUCAACACAAUCCGCUGGGGUCUGAUCAUGGUACCUGUACAGGCGUUCGAGGCCACGGCGCUGGCCUUUGUCGGCCAUCGAUGGGGCGCCUGGCGCCGCGAGAUCGGGACAAGCACGCUCAAGCCUGGACGCACCGCUCUCAAGACCGUCGUGGGCAUCAUCAAGCCGGCGCUGGUUUCUCUGACCCUGGCCCUGCUCGUUGAGAUUCCACUGGCAAUAUACCUAUCCCUUUGGGGCGCUAGGUCCUUCGCCAGAUACCUGGGCGGGUCGGACGAGGUGGCCGACGUGACGGCCUACAUGUGGCGGACGAUCGACUGGUGCUACAUCUUUUAUGCCGCGUCGACGCAGCUGGCCACGGUGCUGCUGGCCACGAGGCCAAAGUGGUAUUUGUACCAGAGCAUGGCGAGCAAUCUGCUGUAUGUGCUGCCGUGGGCGAUUGUGUGCCAGGUCCGGGAGCUGGAUACCGGCAAUGCGUGGACCUACCACAGUCUGGUGUUUGGCGGGAGUUUGGUGUUCAGUUUGGUCGACGUUCUUGUUGUUGAUGCUGUGUGGGUGUGGAAUCUGGUGACAGGGAGGGCGCGGCUGGAGGUCUUUAGGGAGUGAGAAAGGCUGCCACCAUUUUGUGAUCUGGGAUCUACGAAGAGCAAAUUAUUGUCUCCAAGUUCAGCUUACUAAUUCAUGGUCAUCUCCUCGCAAAACUCCCUGAACUCCCCCACCGUCCCCUCCAACCUUGGCGGCCUCAAGCAGAUCAUUUCCAGCUAAUUACCAUGC